CACAAGACCGUGUUUCCCACCCGCCAGAAAGUGCUGACACGACUGGGGACCAUUGGGCGCUUACCCGGACUGGGCGACUUGAUCAACUUGAUCCAGAUGAAUUGGUUACACGACCGGGACUGACAAGGCUCCUGUGGGGUCUCAUAAAGCGGCGAUCCGGCUGAAAAGUGCUGUACCCGGAACAGAGGUUCUCACAGAUGAAGCGCCCUCACAGGUGCAGAGCCAACUGUACCUACGUCGAAGACCACACUCAUCCCGGGUUCGAGUAACCAACCGCCUCUGCUGACAAGAUGCUCGACGGCAUCAAGGCCGAGCAGAGCUCGAGGAUCUCCCGGCUCAGACUGCCGGACCCCAUGAGGCAGGCCGAUGUCCACCCGGACGUCGGCCACAUCACCGACCGAAAUGAGCGUGAGACAGCCAUUCUGCGCAUCCUCGACUCCAUCGGCUUCAACUGGCCCGUCUUCUGCGCCGUCGCCAUCGGCUUCCUGGCGUCCUCGUACAGCCUCUUCGCCACCAACUUUGUCACCCCGGCCCUGCUCUACGUGUACCCGCCCGGAGAACAGGGGCUCAGCCACGUCGAGGUCGGGGAGAUGCUGGACCUGACGACACUGAGCGCCACGCUGUUCGGCAUGGUCGUGUUUGGCUAUCUGGCCGACAGGGGCGGGCGGAAGAGGCUCUAUGGCUGGGAGCUUAUCAUCCUGAUCCUUUCCACCGUCGGCCUGGUCUUGUCUUCGCAGGGUUUCAUGCAGGCGGAAGCGGAUGCAGAGGGGGUCCCGACGUCUUCGAUGAACAUAUAUGCUUCAAUCAUCUUUUUUCGCUGCCUGCUCGGCUUCGGUAUAGGUGCGGAGUAUCCAGUUUCGGCUGUUAUAGCAGCCGAGUUCGCGUCCACGGAUACACGAGCGGUUAUGAUGGCCGCCAUAUUCCUCAUGCAGAGCAUCGGUCGUCUGAUGGCCGUGGGAAUCGGCCUUGGCUCGCUGCAGAGCCUCAUGCAGCACUACCAUCUUGGCGUGGACGAGCCGGAUGAGGCCAAGGCCAAGAUUGUUAUUGACAUUGUCUGGCGAAUCGUGAUAGGAAUGGGUGGCGUCCUUGCGCUGAUCGCUGUCGGCCUCCGUCUCAUCAUACCCGAGUCCCCCAGAUACUUCUCUGGUAUCAUGAAGGACCUCAGAAAAGCUGCUCUUGCUGUUCAACAGGUUGGAGGUAAAUUAGGAGACGACCAAGGAUCAGAAAUAUCUGUCUCGUCGGGUGCGCGCCAUCGGUCCCACAAGGAUCAGGACCCAACGCCGUGGUUUCGAGCGGCCCGCAAGUAUCUGAGGGAAGGAGGCUGGAAACCUUUGGCAGGGAUGUCGACAAUAUGGCUGUUGCUGGAUGUGUGCUUCUAUGGGACGAGCCUCGACAGCCCCAGGACGCUCAACACACUGUGGCUGGAUAAGCCCGCCUCCACCGAGAUGCUGGAUAUCUGGAACGCCGACCCGGGCUCACCGCACGCCACCAUCCAGCGGACCCUGGACAACAACGCCGUCCGAACACUGAUACUCUCAUCCAUAUCUUCGCUCGCCGGAAGCAUCGUCGCCCUCCCAGUAGUCCACUUUGCAAACCGCAAGCGGCUCCUGGUGGGGACGUCCCUGAGCCUCACGCUGCUCUUCAUCGCCACGGGCGCCGGCGCGGUGAGGACGUACGCGACGCCGGACCACGAGGUCGGCAUGGUCUUCUUCGCGCUGGCGCAGUUCAUGUUCAACGUCGGGCCCAACACCCUGACGUUCAUCAUGGCCGCCGAGAUCUACCCCACCGUCUUCCGGGGGACCUUUUACGGCGUCUCGGCCGCGGCCGGCAAGCUCGGCGCCAUAAUCAUCAGGGCUGUCGUGGCGGGCGCGGGCGCGGGCGACGGUGGCGGCAACAACAGGCGGCUUGUCGCGUACCUGUUUUCCUUUAGUGCUGUCAUGCUGGUCCUGGCGGUCGUCGCCGUCCUCCCCGGGGCGCUCCCGGAGGUCCAGAGGGACACCAGGAGAUCUACCGCCCGGACCUCCUCGUCGUCGGGUCUCUCCCUGGAGGCUGCUGCAGCUGAUGAUGAUGUGUCGGAUGAUAACCACCCGGCCUCGGGGCAUUGGUGGAACAAGGUUGUGCCGGGGCGGUGGAGGAGCCUGGCGCUCGAGGACAUUGCCCGGUACCCCCUGCCGCACGACGAGCUCGCGCUGCGGCGGGAAGAGACCCCGCCGCGGGGGGGAAGGGAAGGGGAGGAGGGAUUUCUGCCGGCGGGCGGGCGUGUUGUUGUUGUUGGGACGAUUGACACGCGGGGCCCAGAUUUCUCGUCGUUUCCUGCGGACUUUACGGAUGCGCGGGCGGGCGUGGGGGAUGAUGACGCGAGGGGGUUUGAGACUGAAGUCGCGCGGCGCUUCUCUUCUCCUGUCCCGCCCGGUGUGAGCCCGUCGGGGAAGUGAGCUGUUAAGUUGGGUUGGUUUUUGUUUGCCUGGCCUGCUUCAGCAAGGAUGUAGAUUUGGUAUCUGGUAAUUAUCUGUUGUAUCCAUAGCACUGGCGUGGCUUGUCCGGGAUCUCCUUUUUCCUUGGCGCUCGUAGCUGUCAAUCGAGAGUACGCACAGCUCUCAUACAGUACCUUUUACAAGAA